UCUACAUCACAAUAUCCUGUUUAGUACAGUUUUUUCGUACAUCGGUUACCUUAUUAAUUUUAUGUGCUGGAAGUUAUCAUUAAACCAAUCAAAAAAUAUAAGAAAAAAUUUUAGUUAAGAUGCCAAUAACCGUAUCUUUUUCUUGUGGUUUUUUUUUUCCUUCGUCAGAUUCUUAUUUUUCCUACGUCGGGGCUUUUUUUUAUCUACAAUUCACAUUUUAGGUACUUAAUAUCUAUAAGAAACUCAAAAAUAUAUAUACAGAUUAAAAAAAAAUUGUACAAAUAUAAGUAUAUUUAAUGUAUGGUACCUUAGACAUUUAACUAGUUUAUAAAUCUAUGUUAAGUGUGUCACGGAACAUGAAUAUUUCAUAGUAAAGAAAACAGAUUUCGAAGUGUUCGUCAUAUCAUAUAGUCGUCCAUGAUUCGAACUGUUGCUUCGCUCCUCGACAACAAUAUUCCCCUACCAUCGUAGAUGCCCGACGAUUUAUUAUCAGUAGUUCGUAUACCCAAUAUGGCGACGUACCGUUCUCAACGAUUGCUCUCCGGCUAAUCAAUCCAGCCUAUCGGACAUCGGUGACUCGCGGAUUACAGUCUGUGUACCUAGACUCGGGAGCAGCAGCAGCAGCAGUGCCGUUUCGUUCUCGGGGGCUGGCUGCAGCUUUAGAGUAAAUGAUGUGGUGGGGGUAACAGUGGGCCACAGUGGUUUAUUAAAGAUUAUUUAUGUGUUGUAGUUCCCGUCCCGUCCGUCCUUUCGUGUGCGUGUGCGUGUGUGUGGGUUUCUCUUCUUUCUAUAAUAACAAUAACAACAGUCAACAUCAUCUCGCUUAUCCCGAAUCUUGGGUCGACUGCCCAACGUGCGAACAUUAUAGUGAGCGUGUCCCUAUGCUUAUGGACGACGGCUGCAGCUGGACAGCAGUCGUUUUGUAUUGCGCGAUGAUGCCGCGAGACCGACACGGCAUCGAUCGCGGUUGAUCUGCGUACAGUGGCCGCUGUGCGUCACAGUGAUAACGUUCGUGUUUUUAUGCGUCGUGAUUCGGACCAACGGCCGCGAUAAUGGAAGAGACUAAAGUGAUCUAUCAUAUCGACGAUGAAGAUACGCCGUAUUUGGUCAAGCUGCCUAUUGCAGCAGACAAAGUUACGCUGGCCGAUUUCAAAAACGUCCUCAAUCGACCCAACUAUAAAUUCUUCUUCAAGUCUAUGGACGAUGACUUUGGGUUAGUGAUAAGAACCAACUAUAAAUGCUAAUUAGGGACUUUCUUUUCAUAUAAACUCGAGUUAAUUAAUAAGUCUGUUUGGAUUAUUAUAUAAUAUUUAUUUUGGUUUUCUACGAUUCUGCCUACACAUUUCGGUUUCUCGGACUAUACAGAUUAUGUCACCUGUAAGAUGACCCCAAUGAUACUUAAUUGAGAGUUGUCGGUUAUGAUAAAUGAAGCUGAUUAUUUUAUUUACAGUUGUUUUAUUUGUGUUUUGAUACUUACAAAAUACAUACUUACCUAACUACAUACGUGCCUACCUACCUUGACAGGUUUAGUACCUUAGUACAUAAUUGUACAGUUACCAUAUCUAAGUAUGGUUGAAAAUAGUUAUAAGAUGUUGAAACUCAAAAAACAUUUAACUGUAUUAAAUAUAUGGUCUUAAUUAUACACUUCUAAGUUAUUUCCAACUAUUUUGCGAUUUUAUCAUUUUAAUAAUGAUUGCUCCUUUUUUGUGGGGUUGGUUUGUUAGAUACAGGUGCGUUUACAAAAAAAUAUUUCAGGGAGGUUUAAGUUGUACUCUUGUUUUCCAAAACCAAUAGAAGUAAUAAUUGCACUUUAUCUAAAGUGAUUGUGUGCUAUUCAUUAUUUUGUUGCGCUGAUUCAGAUAAUUUAACAUUUUCGAAAUCGAAAUAAUGUACUUCCGACUAACUCUGUGACUAUUGAUUCUUUAUUAAUGCCUAGUGAAUACACAUUAACCUUAAGUAAUUUACUUAUUGUGCUAUUAAUAACAAAAUAUUAAUAUUCACAACUAAUGAAAAUUAAAAUUUUGAAUUAAUAUUUAUCUGAGAUAUUUUGUCUUGGAAUAUUUUGUUGUAGAACCGAUCAUUUUUUGAUUUUCACAGGAGUUUUCCCAAUAAAUGAGAAAACAGGUAAACCAGGAAAAAGGAGAAAAUAGAUUCAAACAAAUGUUUUUAAGGAAAAUAAAUAAUGUAUUUUUAGUUGUUUUACCCUAAUAUGACGUUUAUAUUGUUGACAAAGCAAUAUUUACUAUCAACCAAAUUCGACUCGGAAUCUUUUUUUUUGAUAGCAAUGGUUAAUCAAUGUUGACAAAUAAACAUCAAAUUACCCAUAACAGUGGCUGCAUUGUCUUAUUAUCCUGGGACAGGUUUUUGGCAUUUUUGGUACCCAUUACUAAAUUUUGCAUUUAAUAUUUUGUAUUGAAUACAGCCUAAAUGAUAACGUAAUCCAUAUUGUGAUGAUUAUGUGGACUAUGCGAUAUUUAAUAUAUUCUGUAAUAUUACUGUAUCAGUUUUCUAAAAGCAGGAAAACCGAAAUAAAUUAGGAAUGAUAAUAAUAACAAUAUAUACCAAUAAGUACUACCUAGUACUUAAUAAAAUUAAAAUAAUACCAAAAUUGUAUUUAUUGUCCUCAUUGACAGAAAUAACUUUUUAGAUUAUUAAAUAUCGAUUUUCAUCAUCAUUUUCAUGAAAUUUUCGAGUGGAGGGGAGUGGUUGAACCCCUUAAACCGGCUAGGUUAGGUUAGGUAUACAAAUAAUAGUAUCUGUUGAAUAAUACAUACAUUUUAUUUGUAUUAUUUAAUGUUUUAUUUUCUUUUAAAUUUUAAUCAGUUCUAAAAUGAAUGGAUUUUUAUUAAACAUUUAUUAGAAUUAAAUAGGUACCUUUAAUGGUUUUUAAAAUAAAUUAUUUGGUGAUGUAUUUAACACAAGAAAGUAAAAUAAGGAGUAUACAAGAUAAAUAUUUAUUUAUUGAUUUAACUAUAAUAUGUAUAAUUUUAACCAGGUACUUGUAUAUUUUAUAUUUUGUGCCUAUUUAUUGAAAUCUGAAAUUUUAUUUUAGGGUUGUUAAAGAAGAAAUUGUUGAAGAUGAUUCUCCAUUGCCAUGUUUUAAUGGUCGUGUAGUUUCAUGGGUAAGCUUAAUGAUUCGUUUUAAUGUUAUUAUAUUUCUGGCAUUUAUUUGUCGGUUAUUGCGACUACCUUGUAAUUACAUAUCACUAUAUCAGUUAUCGCAAUACUACAGACUUUAUGUUAACCUUAUUUUGACUACUUGUAAUACACAGAGAAUUACUCUAAAGUGAUUAUAAUAAUAUGCAUAUUCAAAUCAGACUAGUUAGAAAAUUGUACGCAGCAUUUUCUAACUAUAAAUCAUACAUACCUACAAUUUUGUUAACCCUGAAACUGGUACUCGCACUCGAAAAUUUAGAAAGAUUUUCGAGGAUCUGUUAAAUGACAGUUUUAAAAAUAAGUUCGGCAAUAUUUCGAUAGUUAUCUGAUUGGGUUUAUGUAGUAAAAACUCGUAAUAAUUAAUUUAUAAAUCAGGGAGUCGCGUUAACCAACAAGAGUAUUAAAUAGCCUUACCUAUUGUUUGUUGAUAUUAUGCAAACAGGAAUUGUUACCUUGUUAGUUGCAUAAUAUUAACAUUAUUUACAUAUUUACCAUAUUACGUAAUACUUAAAAUAAUUAUUUCUCAUUCAAUAUAUAUAUAUAUAUAUAUAUCAGUUGGUUGCUGCUGAAGGAAGCAAUAUCUCUGAUGGAACUUCUCAAGGCACAGAUUCUGGCCAUCAUACACAUAGAACUCAUGGCGAUAAUCAGUAAGUACCUAUAACUGAAGUCUUAAUUACUUACAUAAAAAAUAAUUUUCAUUUUACUUAUUAAAUAAUAAAUUCUUUAUUACUAAAUCAUAAUUAUAAUACAAUAUGUUAUUUCAUCUUAAUACUUUAAUCUAAUCUUUUUAUAAUUUGCACCCAUAUAUAAUCAGAGCUAAUAAAACAUCAUCGCGAGUACACCAAGAAGAAAUUGGAACUUGUACUGAUACAGAAUCCUCAAUAUCAAGUUCUAUUCGCCCUGGACAUCAUCAUAUGGCUCGUGAAAGUCACCAUCGUCUAGCAAAUCCUAAGUUUCUUAAAUAUAAUGGUUUGGGUAUGAACGGCCACCCUAAACAACAUAGGCCUUAUGGUUCAUCAUCAAUGUUAAGCUCAGAGUUAGAAACUACAAGUUUUUUAGAAUCUGAUGAAGAUGAUGCUUCAAGUCGGAUUACAACAACAACUGGACGAGCUACUAAUGUUUCCAGUGGUAAAUUAUCGGACAUUAAAAAUUAUUUAUAUAAUAAAGUAAAUUUACUACUUUUUAGAUAUAUAUAUAAUUUUUAAUUUAUAAAUUUAAUAAUAAAAUUCAGCAUUUUUUUAAAAUGAAAUAGGGUUUAAUUCAGAAAACUAACAUCUUAAAUAUAAUUAAUCUUCGAGUAAAAACUUGUUAUCAUUGUCCAUUUAUAAGUCUAUUUUAUUUAUAGAAUGGCAACGGUUAGCUGGAAGUGGUCGUCGCCGAACUCAACAAAGGCGUAAAAGACACCAGAGACCUGCUGGUCCAGGGGGAAUGUGUCGUACAUCUUCAUUUUCCUCAGUCACUGAUUCUAGCAUGUCAUUAAAUAUUAUAACUGUAACAUUAAACAUGGAUUCUGUUAAUUUUUUGGGUAUAUCUAUUGUUGGACAGAGUAAUAAUGGUGGAGAUGGUGGAAUUUAUGUUGGAUCGAUUAUGAAAGGGUAAUACUGAAAUUCGUAUAAUUGAUAUAUAUUAGGUAUAGAGACUCAAAUGAACUCAAACAAAUUUACAGAUAUAAAUACUAUAUUAUUCUGUAUACAAUGACAUGAUUUAUUGAUAUGUCUUACUUUUUUGAAAUAUGUUUUUUUUUAAUAAAAAAUAUUUUAAUUUUAGUGGUGCAGUAGCUUUGGAUGGUAGAAUUGAACCUGGUGAUAUGAUAUUACAAGUUAAUGACAUUAAUUUUGAAAAUAUGUCAAAUGAUCAAGCUGUCCGUGUGCUAAGAGAUGUAGUGCAAACACCUGGGUAAGUGUAAAAUUAAUUUUAUUACAUUUGCUAUGUAUUAAUUUAAAUAAUAUAAUUUAGAAACUUAAGUUUUUAAUGGUUAUUUAUUAUAUUUUUUAGACCUAUUAAAUUAGUAGUAGCAAAAUGUUGGGAUCCCAAUCCUAAGUCAUACUUUACUAUUCCACGAACUGAACCAGUUCGACCAAUUGAUCCUGGUGCAUGGGUAGCUCAUACUGCUGCAAUGAGAGGUAAAAUUAAAUUGUAAUUUUAGAUUGUUACAUUGACUUACAAUUCAUUUUUCAUUUCAGGGGAAACUUAUCCUUUACGACCACCAUCAGUAUCAACAGUUACAUCUACUAGUUCGUCUCUAGUGUCCACCAUGGCAGAAACAGAAAGUAUGUUAUAAAGUUUUAUUUGAUACAUUUUAUAUAAGAAAUAUUACAUUAAUUUGUUUUUAUUUUUAGUAAAUGCUGUAUCUACUAGUACAUUUAAAGAUCUUCAGCUGGAUAUUCGUAAUACUGAUAUGCUUAGUAUUGUUAGAGCUAUGGCUAGACUUGAUUCUGGUUUAGAAAUCAGGGAUAGGAUGUGGCUCAAAAUUGUUAUACCUAACUCUUUUAUUGGUUUGUAAUUUAUCCAAUGUUUAUACUUGAAAUUUAACAUAAUAUUUAUUUAUAAAUCAACCGGUAAACACCCAAAAGGAUGUUUGGUAAAUGUAAUGGAUAUUAACUAAAAAUUAAUUUAGGUGUUGAUGUGGUUGAAUGGUUAGAGACACACGUUGAUGGUUUUCAAGAUCGUAGGGAAGCCAGGAAAUAUGCAUCACAUAUGCUCAAAGCUGGUUACAUUAAACAUACCGUUAAUAAAACCACAUUUUCUGAACAAUGUUAUUAUGUAUUUGGUGACCUACUCUCUGCAGGUAAUUUAUUAUUUUUAGCAUAUAGUUUAGCAUUAUUAAUUGUAAAUUAUUAAAUUGAAUGUUUAUUUAUAGGUAUGGAGCAAAUGAAAAUUGAGGGUGAUCCAAUUGAUAAUGUUGGUGUUACUAGUCGUGGUGCUUGGGAUAUGCCAUAUUCAGGAACUUAUAAUCCUAAUUCUUCACCAAUGCCAUUUAAUUACCCUGGCGAACCACCACGUUAUUUGUUUGAUAAAGAUGAAAGUGGUUCAGGUAACUGUUAUUUAUACCCUAUAUAGUUUAAUAUGAUAUAUUAUACAAGAUUGGGAUAAAUAUGAAAUUAAAAUUAAAAAAUUUAGUAAUACUCUAUACUAUAAAUAAGUCUGGCGAAACUUAUGCAGGUGAAAAAACAGUCCGACUACUGUGAUUGUUUGCAGUGCUCGGCAUUUACCAUUUCUCAUUAUAGUCAGUUGGUGGUGCCACAUUGCGCCUUCAUGUACAGAUUUUAAAAAUUAAAAUAAUAAAUUUUAGCAUGUUAGCAAUACACGACAGGUGUAAAUAUCAAUAGCUACAAAAUCUGAAUUAAAUAUCCAUAAUACUGCGUUAUUUUAAAUAAUUAUUACAUUAUUACUUAUAUACACAUUUAUGAAAACUAAAAAAUAUUUUUAUUACGUAAAUCAUACAUUUCAUAUUUACAAUUAUUAAAAAAUGUAAUAAGUAUUUACAAAUAUUAAAAGUUAAAUUUAUCAUUGUUUAAAAUUAAUCCAUAACUGUAUUAUCAGAUAAUGUGUCUCUUGUAACUAUCAGUUUCAAAUCUGUUAAUUCUGUUUACUAAACCGUACGUUAACGUUGAAAAUCAAUUUCAUAAAACUUUACUUUUUUUGUUAUGGCUUAUAAAAUGUAUCCACACGGUUCGAGCCUUCUAUCAAUAAUCGUUUUACAUCAGGAAGUUUGUAUGAUCACACUAGUUCUAUAAGAUUUAGUUCAGUGGUAUGGUGGUAAUCUUAAAAUGGUCUGGUGGUUAUAGCUAUAACUAUUUCAUUGAUUACAUAUCUUUCACUUUAGCAUCAGACAUUUCAUCAUAAGGAGUUCAGGAAGCCUGUCUAUAACUUCUUCCUCAUCAGUUAACUACUUAAUAAUAUUCGUCUUCCGAGUAUGACCUUUACCAAGUGAUAGGAUGCAUAUCCAUAACGAUAAUGGAGUUUAGUUUUAGUCUUGACAAAAUACUAAAAUGGCUUCUAUCCACUUACAGAAUUUGUCCCCAUUCAUCUUAUCAUGGUAAUCGCUUGUAUUUUUUACUUAAGUAUAAUAAUUCAUGGAGAAAAUGGAUUAUUUUGAAAGAAGAGCACUUUGAAGAAUUUAUGGGCCUAUUUUAGAAUAUGGAAUGCACAGAAGAAAGUUAAUAAAGAGGUGUAACUCAUGUACCAAAAACACGGAAUCGAUGCAUACCUUAUCUUAUAAUUAUAGACCGGAUUUAAUUGCAUUUAAAAUACAAAAAUUGCAUUUAAAAAUGCAAAAGUUUUAUAAAAAAAAAAUUAGAUAAAUGUUACUUUUUUUUAAAUUUAAAAUUGAUAAUUAGAUACAUUUCUAUAUUAUUUUAAUUAAAAUUAAAUCUUCUAUUACUUAAAAUGUGUUUGUACAAAGAAAGACUACGUUCUACAUCUACACUACAUAUAUUUAAAAUAAUUAAAUGAAGUAUGCAAUAUAUUUAAAUUAACAGAGUUAUGUUGCUAAUUAAGCAACAUUUGCUUUACCUGACAUGACUUCAUAGUAAGACUUUAAAGUUUUAUAUACGGAGAUUGGCGAAGUUGUGUUAUUUUAUGUUUUGCCAAACGCUGGUGCAUUAUCAUGGUGAAGAAGCCAGUCGCUACUUUCCCAAAACUGUGGUCGUUUUCUUCACACUGCGUCAUGCAAUCUUUUUAAAACUUCAACAUAAAAUUCCUUGUUGAUCGUCUGACUUCUGGGAGCAUAUUCAUGGUGUACAACACCUUAAUCAAAAAAAAAAACAAUCAACAUCUUCUUAACAUUACUCCGAUUUAGUUGAGCUUUUUUCGGUCGUGACUCGGCUUGUUGCUUUUUUUCAGGAUCAUAACCGUAAACCCACGACUCGUCUAUUUAAGCACAUUUUCAUCAUUAGUGACCAAUUCCAAGUUGUCCUUUGCAAUUUUAAUUCGAAGAUUUUUUUGUUUACCGUAAGCAAUUUUGGAAUGAAUUUCGCACACACGUCAGUCAUGUUUAAAUUUUCAGUUAGUAUUCUCUAAACACAAGUUUUCGGAAUUCCAAGAUUAUUUUCUAGUUCACUCACAGUCAAAUGACAAUCUUCUUCAAUCGCAAGUAGCACACAAUCAAUAUUUUCCGAUGUUAAUGUGUUCAAAGGUCGACCAGAAGAGAUAUCGGUAAUAUCAAAAUAAUCAAUCAUUAAUCAGAUAGUUAUUGAUCCCUGAUUCAAGGUAGUAAGUUUAAUUAACAAACUAUAAUACCUUUAAGAAAUUAAAUUAAAUUAAAAUCUUACAAAUUGAUUAAAUACAUCUAUCAAACUAGAAUUCAUAAAAUGUAAACCUAAUUAUAAUUACGUGUAAACAAAAAUUGUGUAAACUUAACAAAACAAUUCAUAAUUAAAUUAUUAGUUUUUUUUUUUUUUAAUUAUAAAUAUAACUUAUAUUAAUGAGUUCGACGUUUGAAGGAAAUUUAAAUUUGAAGUUUGAAAAAAUCAGUGUUUAACUCAUCCUUAAUUUUAAAAAACUGACAAUGUCAAACUAUGACAAUAAUACUUUUAAUUUUAGGUGGUAGUCGGUCUGGUUCAGAUGUUAUGAAGCAAAAUAUGAUAGGGGUUGCUUCGAGUGAUCAUAGUGGCGGCACAGCUCAACAAAAUCUAGUUGCCGCGCCAUCAACAGUAGACAAAUCUAGUGGAUCAGAAAAAUCUCAAGUGAUGGCUCCACCUAAUGUACCUACUGAUCUGUCUGCUAGUCAACAAUCAUUCCGUAUGGCAAUGGGAAAUCCUUGCGAGUUCUUUGUAGACGUGAUGUAAAUUGUUUGCUAACAUACAAGUGUAAGUUAAAACAAAUUUUAAUAAGAAUUUAAAUGUAUCAUAUAUACUAGUUUGAAUGUUCUAUUCGCAUUUCUCCUUCUUGUUUUAUUAAUAUCUCAUAAGUCUCUUAUGGCUAAUGCAUUCUUUUCCAGUCAGAAAUGUAUCAGAAAUAUAUUAGUAUUGUUUAUGUUAUAAUAUUAUUGUUUUAUUUUAUAUUUUAAGUAAAUUUAGACAAUUAUUAGACAGGUUUAACAAAUAUUGUUGUACCAAAUCAUUUUUUGUAGACAAAAACUUAUAAUAAUUAAAAAAUUAAUCUUUUUGAUGAUUUAAAUUUGUUUUAUUUAAUUUGAUUUUUAUUAUGUUUAUUUUUUGUAACAAAAACAUAAUUAAAUUAUUCUUAAAGAAUCCAUAAGUAACAAUUUUGAUAAUGUUUUUUUCAACAAUCAGUUUUAUAAGUAAAUACAAUUGUUCUGUUCUACAUAUUAUGAAAUUAUUAAUUUGAUUAAUUUUCCUUAGUCUUUUAAAUAUUUAUGUAAAGAUUUAAAUCUGUAUGAGAGAAUACAACGUUGGACAGACAUUUUUUUUUGUUUGAGUCAUAUAGAACAUUAUUAAAAAAUUGUAAUUUAUGGAGUUUCAUUUAAUCAUAAAUUAAAUUAUGUUUAACAUAAAGUAACAAAAAUUGAAUUAGUUAAUAAAUAUAAAUCAGGACUCUUGUAAAAAUCAUGAUGUGUGAAUUUGGUUUUUCAAUAAUGUUUUCCUCACAUUGGAUAUGUUAUUAUGAUUCAAAAUUUAAAUAAAUUAAAAUUAUUUCUUAAAAUAUAUUUUUAAAUGGAAUAGAGAACAAACAUGUUAGAUAUUAAUUUUACAUAUUAUGUUAUUUUUUUAAAAAUCAUUAUUUAAUUUUAUUAGUUAUAGUAGUCUUGAAAAUUAUUACAAUUUUUGCUUCUUCAUUUUUGCUGUCAAUUUUUAAUUUAAACAAAAAUUGCUUUAUUAUAUACCAGACAUUAAAAAUUACAUUCUAAGGUUUAAUCAUUGUUGUUUUUUAGAAUAUAAAUAUUUUUUUUACUUUUUGUGGUAACUAAAUUGAUUUUUUUUUUUUAAAUUUGAAUAUAAAAUAUAUUGAAACAUUUGACAAAAAUCAUGAAGCUAGUCAAUUGUAUGUUCAUAAAUAAAAUAAUGUAAGUACUAUUCACUAGUUUACUGAUCAUUUUUUUUCCAAUACAAUAAUAAAAACCAUAUUAAUAUAAAUAUAUAUAUAUUUUUUUUUUAUUAUUAUUAUUAUUAUUAGCUUUUAAGUUUUUAACACAUAUUCUACUGUUACAACAUAAGACUGUGAUAAUAUAAUCCAAACUCAGUUUUUCAAUUUGAUUAAUUGCUUUAUUUUCAUGUUUAUAUAAGUUUUCCAAUAUGAAAACAUUUUUUUGUUUUUUGAUACAGGGUAAGAAUUAUCAAUGUAUACGUUAUGUGUUAUGGUAGUAUAAUUUUAUGCUUUAAAUAUUUUAUUAUUUUUUAAUGAACAAAUUUAACAUCAAAAAUAAGUAAUGACUAUUGCUGCCAAAUUAUAAUUUAUACUGUCUGAGUGAAUUUUUUAUAAUAACUUUUGUAAUGUACCUAACAAAUCUUCUUUUUGUAGCCAAACCAAGACUUAUUGAAUAAAAGUAGUAUAGAUCAAUAAUAUAAAUUAAUUGUUUUAUUUUUUAAGAUUCCUUUUUAUUGUUGUAAUGAACCAAAAUAAAUGUGUAUUAAUGUAUGGGAUGGCGGACUCCUUCAAACCAUAAAAAAUACCCCAACCUUAAAUGUCUGUUUGUUAUAAUUUACCAUGGUAAAUUAAUGUUCAAUUUGUGUAUCUUAAAAAAUUUUUUUUCUUUUAAGUUUUUAGUUUUCGUCACAUAAGUGUAUACAUGUUCCUACACUUAAUAUUUUAGUCAUUUGGCAAU